ACCGCAAACACUUGGUGGUGGCACUUGUCGGUGUGAUUUUCCAGUAUCCAGCAAAAACAGAAGGAAGGCAGGCAGGCAGGCAGGCAGGCAGGCAGGGAUAAUAGAAAGAGAGAAAACAAAUACCAGUAGUAUAGCAGUAAGCAUGUAGCGGUGAAAGAAGAAGGGUCCAAAACACUAACAAUCGAUUCCCCCACCAAUUCCCAGCAAACCACUGUUUCUGAGGAUGAUGAAAUAGAAUAUUCGAUCAAACCAGAAUUCUUGACCCAGAGCUUGAUGAUAAAGAUGAAUUAUGGGUUCAGAAUAAAAGGAAGGGCCGUAUUUCUGAUGCUGUGCUUAGCUGUCCUGCUUGUUAUACCACCCUCUGCCUUGAGUGCCAAAGAUUCUAUUUUUGUUCGUGGUAUCAUCGAGAAGUUUGUGCUGGGAUCAACAUGUGCAUUUGUUCUUGCCAUAACUAAGCUUAAUUUGUGCCUUGCACGCAUGAAAAAUAUGACUCAAUACAGGGCAAUUUUUGUUGUAAACUGCAAGAUUGAAAAUGAAAAAGUCAGGCAAGAAAGGGUAAAACCAAAAAAAAACAAGAGAAGAAGAGAAUCUAGUGAGAAUGAAGCAGUUGCUGCUGGUGGGGAAGUAUUCAAGCCAGUGUGCUGUUCUCUCUGCUCAACGGAGGUUGGUGUCAUUGAUGAAGAUGAGAUCACUUUUUCAAUGUUCUUCCAAGUGAAUUUUGAAUCUUGACUCUCAAUUGCUGA